UCUUAAUUAACUAAUUUUCACUUACAUUAACUUCUUUAAUUUUUCAUUAGUAAAAUAUAGAAAUAAUACAAUAAUAAUUUUAACAACAAAAGAAAAAGUAAGAUGGAUGGAUGGAUGGAUAUGAACUCUUCUAAUACUUUUUUUCUGUAAUAUACAUCUCUCUCUCUCUCUCUCUCUUUUAACUUUUAUAAUCUUUAUUACUAUAUAUAGCACGAAACAUAGUGUAAAGAAUGUAGAGAAAAAUAAAAUUGAAAAAUAUUUAGUAAUGAUGCGCCACUAGUCUAGAAAGAAAAGGUAAGAUUGAGAAUAGUGCAUCCAUCUAGAGCCAAUCUUUUUGGGAAUACCAAGUUUAGAGAGUGAAGUAGUGAAUGGAGUGGUCUGUCACUGUCUCCAAAGCCCUCACCACUUCAUGGGACGUUAGAAGCCCCACGUAUUAAUUUUACGUUGCUAUUUGUCAUGUGCUUGUUUUGGAAUUACCGCAUGGGCUUAUCUCUAACCGUUUCAUUAAUCGUCACCGCUUCCAAGACUAAAAUGCCCCAACUUCUCUCCUACUACAAUUACUUCCCUCAAAUCCAGUACAAUAUUAUCUUUUAUCUUUUUACACUAUUAUCAUUAUUUUACCAAACAUAUAUAUAUAUAUUAUUAUAUUCAUAUAUAUAAAGACCAGGGUUUGGGUUUGCUCUUCCUGAGUUUGCCACCUGAGCCUACUGAUGCAAACAAGGGGGUUCGCCAAGUGUGUGUAAGAGAAUUGAACAGUAAGGUUGCCCAUGGACACGAUUUGUACGGUUCAUCAUGCCAAGUAUCAGCUCAACCCCACCAGCAGCCACGUUUCAGGUCAGCUUCGCAUCUCUCAUUACUCUCUUUCCUAUCCCUUCCUUCCUUGCUUAUUUGUCAUUUAUAUAUACUACGCCUCCCUUUAACCCAACUCUCCUAUGACUUGUAUUCUUAAAUCAAAUAUUAUCUACUUCUUUUCUCUUCUCUUCACUUAAUAUAUACAUCAUCAUCAUCAUCAUCUUCAUUAUAUAUAUAUCUAUAUAACUUGCUACUAUACACUCAUUUGAAUUCAAAUAUCUCUCUCUCUCUCUCUCUCUCUCUCUCUCUCUCUCUCUCUCUCUCUCUCUCUCUCUCUAUUUAUAUCUAUUUUUCAACUCAACAAUGUUGAAGUCAAGCAUUGGAUUUGUGGAGAGAAGACAGGUGAAGAGGCCAGCUCAGGCAAGUUCAAGAAAAGGGUGCAUGCGAGGCAAGGGUGGACCCGAGAACGCCACUUGUACUUUCAAGGGCGUUCGACAGAGGACUUGGGGGAAAUGGGUUGCCGAGAUCCGAGAGCCAAACCGCGGUGCCCGUCUCUGGUUAGGGACUUUCGACACGUCCAAUGAAGCCGCCAUGGCUUACGACGCCGCUGCCCGUAAACUCUACGGCUCCGAAGCUAAACUCAAUCUCCCCAAACUACUACUACCCUGCACUUCUCCUCCUCCUCCACCACCACCCUCCUCAUCCUCAACCUCCUCCACCUCCUCCUCCUCCUCCUCAUCAUCAUCAUCCUCAUCUCACAACAAAAUUGAUCAUAUUCGUUCUCCGAUAUCUGAUAAUCAGAAGGAGUUAACAGCCAACCUGGACCAACAACCACCCCAGGCUGUUGUUGUGAAUGAGAAAAUGAAAAUUGAUCAUAACAAAUCAAAUACUUCUGUAAAUAUUGCUCCUGUGGCUGUGGACGGCGUUAUCCCUCCCCCACCGUGUGAUGAUGAGCAUCACAAUUCGAAGGUGGAGCAUGAUGAUCAAGUAGUGGAGAGAGUAAAAGCAGCAGGGCUGUGGGGGAGUGUGGACACUACGUUGCCUGAGUUCGAUGAUAAUGAGAUAUGGGCUGAGGCUGAGAUGUCUCUCGACUUUCCAAUCAUGGAAAAUCCGAGCAUUUUCAGUGCCAACAUUGUUGAUGGAACUGGCUGGGAAACUCUACGCUCUCCUUGGUGCAUGUAAAUUAUAAGAAGAUGAAAAGAAAGGAUGCUAUAGGCUUAAAUUAUUAGAUAUUUAUACAAUCAAUUAUGUGUAAAUUAAUAAGAUAUAUAUAUAUAUAUAUACUUAAAUCGAUUAUAAAUAUAGGUAUAAAGUAAACUAGAUAUGUAGGUAGUAGUAGUAGUAGUAGUAGUAAUAAUAUGGGUUUCUGGGAUAUUCAUUACAUGCGCUUAUUUGUAUGCAGUUAUUAAUUUUUAAUUUCUGUUUCUGUUUUUAAUUUUUUGUUGUGUUGUUGGGGUUUGGGAGUACUGUUGUUAUGUAUAAAAAUCUAGCUGGCAAGCGUGCUCAUUUUAUGAAACUUAUAGGUUUGUUUGUUA